CGUUGUUAGACGUGUCACUACUAUCACAGUGCACAUCGAUAUAUUAUCAGAAUGUUUAAACUUAAAAAAAAUGUUUGAACUUAACUAUGAAUACUAAGACUGGAUCCGCACGUUCAGUGCUUGUAGUUCAGUGGAAAAACUUAAAAUAGACGUGGUGUUAUGUGGUUUUGAUAUUUGUUUCGAUAAGCAUGAAAAUGAAAAGUGGUCAAGAAAACCAUCUAUCACUGAAUCAUUGGACAUGAAAGAGAUAGCAAUAGAAAUCUAGAAGCUACUAACGAAUGAUCUAAAUGCCUUAUUUAAGAGGACAGAGCGCUGCGUUUUGCAUGCGCAAACUAUGUUCGACUCGACUAAAGGCGCAUUGCUAGUAGCGCCAUCUCUGUCUAACAGCUCCUGUUGGCUCAAUGGCAAAGGGUGGCCCUCAUCGUUCCCAGCAACUACAGACAUAUUGAAAGCCUUGUUCAUAUUUGCCAUGUCUAUGUGCAUUGUAUUCGGAAACCUGGUGCUGAUUUGUGUGUUGAACAAUAGAAGGUAUAUCAAAUAUAUUGACAAUCAGCCCAGAUAUCUAUUGACUUCUUUAGCACUGAACGACCUAUUUACCGGCAUUUUGAUCGCUCCUGUAGCGCUGUUACCGGCUUUAUACAAGUGCUGGCCUUAUGGGGAGAUAUUCUGUCAAAUCCAGGCGCUAUUGCGAGGUGCUGUGAGUCAGCAGAGCGCAGUGAUUUUAGUGUGCAUGGCGAUCGACAGAUACAUGUACUUGCUGCAUCCAAACGCAUAUCAUAGGCAUUCUAGUAAGAAGGGAUGUGUGUUAGUGAUAAGUAUAACGUGGAUACUAUCGGUGUCUCUAUUUGCGAUGAUGGUUCUACCACGAUCAGGCUAUUACUUCAACUCAACAGGGCUGAUGGCCUGCGACGUGUUUCAUAGUAGAGUUGCCUUUAGAAUACUCGCUUGUUGUGCCUACUAUUUCCCGACCACAAUGGCACUCAUGUACUGCUACGGGUCGGGGUUUCACGUCAGUAAGACCAGAACUAAAAGCGAUCACGACCCGAGACCUAAUGGGGUACCGCCGUGUAAGACCGCGCACAACGAAAUCGAGACUGUGCAAAUACCAAGCUUUUCUAGACCACACAGUAUGAGCACAUCUAGGACAAUGGCGGCCAUUUCUCUAGGGUUUAUUGUGAUGGUAACACCAUCCACUAUUCAGGAAGUAGUGGCAGCGUGUACUGGAUGUAAGGUCCCUCCGAUAUUGGAUUUUAUUGUUACCUGGCUCGCAUUGAGUAACAGCUUCUGGAAUCCAUUCCUUUAUUGGCUUUUAAACAGCCAUUUUAGAAGGAUAAGCCACGAGUUAGUUCAAUUUUAUAUUUGCUGCAAGCGGCCCAAAUCGUUCGCUGCGUACGAAAAAGGGGCCGGCUGCUGUGGGUCGUCCGUUACAUCAGACGGCUUACAUUCCAAAGGAGAAUUCGAAGGUCUAGGUGAAAAGUUUUGGGGCGAAAUUUUAGAGCGGACCGUUUCCUCUACCUCACUUCAUGCCAUACAAAAGAAUUGCCACAGAGACCCCCUGCGGUACUCUGGAUCGUUCAAAGGCUACCACAGUGGAUCUUGUAAGCACAAUACGAGGUUCUAUGAUGGCUACGGUCCUACCGAUCAUAGGCAAUUCGAAAGGUCCGCCUUCCAAAUCGAAGCUUGUUCGAGACAAUGUCGACUGAAGAAUUCUGACUUUUGUCUCUUCAGACCUGGACCAGAAUUAGAUUAUUCCAGCCGUUCUCGAUCCAACUUGAGCUUGGACGAGGGCAACUUCAAUAAAAUCUGUAACGGAAGGCAUCCGGAUUUGUGAGAGUUCCGGAACUGUCCGGUCUUCGGGCACAGAAGCAAUAGUAUAGGAAUUUAUCCCGGUAUGGAGAAUUUUAACUCGAAUAUAAAAUGGAAGUUUAAUGAUUCACUGUG